ACUAGAUAGACAACAAGCAAAACAUCUACAAUGGUUCGUUACGCUGCUACCUCUGCCAACCCAGCCAAGUCUGCUUCUGCUCGUGGUUCCUACUUGAGAGUUUCUUUCAAGAACACCAGAGAAACCGCUCAAGCCAUCAACGGCUGGAACUUGGAAAAGGCCCAAAAGUACUUAGACCAAGUCUUGGACCACCAAAGAGCCAUUCCUUUCAGAAGAUACAACUCCUCCAUUGGUAGAACCGCUCAAGGUAAAGAAUUCGGUGUCACCAAGGCUAGAUGGCCAGCCAAGUCCGUCAAGUUCAUCAAGGACUUGUUGACCAACGCUGCUUCCAACGCUGAAGCUAAGGGUUUAGACGUCUCUAAGUUAAAGGUCUCUCACAUCCAAGUCAACCACGCUCCAAAGCAAAGAAGAAGAACUUACAGAGCCCACGGUAGAAUCAACGCUUACCAAUCCACUCCAUCCCACAUUGAAUUGAUCGUCACUGAAGAAGAUGAAGCCGUUGAAAAGGCUGCUGAAACCAAGAAGGUCAGAUUGAACUCCAGACAAAAGGGUAGAUUAGCCACCACCCAAAAGCGUUUGACUGCUGCUUAAAUAUAUUUAUGAAUAUUUCUCCUAAUAUAAUCUUAAAUAUCAAAUAAAUAUAACGUUUCGGAUAUUGAUUAUGGAGGUUCAUAAUUAUAGGUGACUCGCCGAGUCGAUGGGUUUAUCUUGUGUACAAUUAAUAUAGUAUUCUAAGUUC